UCAGCGAAGAAGAUGCACUCGGCGGAAACAUGGCGUCCGUUGUGUUUGGGACCAUGGUACUGUUACAUUAACGCGCAUCCCAGCGAGAAGAAGAGGAAGAGAAGAGCGGCGGCGUCGCGGUGCCGUGCUGACAGCUGACCGAGAGGACUAGGACCGGGCCGGGAGCGAUGGAGUACGGCGUGGCGCGGAGGGUGCCGUGCCCGCCGCCGAGGAGGGUGUCCUCCUCGGAAUACGGCGGAGCUCGAAGUGUUAGCUUGCAAGAUGGCGAGUGCGCGAGCGCGCUCCUUCCUACCCUCGGGGAGGCUCUUCCAGGCGGCCAGGCGGGCCCGGGAGCACCGCCGCCCGGCCGGAGGUCGUCGCUGGUCGUCCACCAGAGGCACAUGCCGAUGGAGCCCGGCAAGUUUCACAUCCCGAGGAAGGAGAAGAAAGCUCUGUUGAAGCACAUCUCCGGCGAGUCGCGGGAAUACGAGGGCGUGAUGAGCAUCCUGACGGCCGGCUACGUGGACACGGCGUCGGCCGGCUGCUUCGCCUACAGCCGCCCCCGGCUGGUCCACAGCGAGCAGCUGGAGAAAGAGUUUGUGGAGAAGAGGAGGGAGAUGAAGGCGGAGGGCAGGACGGAAAAGGAGCUGGAGGAGAGUUACUGCUUCCUCUUGAGCGAAGAGGCCAAGGUGUCGUGGCUGUGCGAGAAAGGUCUGCUCGUGGGUCAAAACUGGCACUCGGCGCUGGGAGACCCCAAUAAAGGUGUGUAUUUAUGCAGGUAUUCAGACUUACUCCAGGUUCAUCCGUUCCACCACGGCGCCUCAGGCGAGAUCGUCGUCUUCAAAGUCAUGAAGGGCAAAGUGAAGAGCAUCUACGAGAACAUCAAGAACGUGCUGGACCCCACGCCGCGCUUCGACAGCCACCUCUCCAAGAACGUCAGCAAGAUCACGUCCGUCGCCUCCUUCCGAGCCUUCGAGCACACGCAGCAUUACUUUUACGAGUAUGCCUUCGACGAGCUGCGACAGCGUCCCCGCCAAGUGUGCCCCUAUGCCGUGGUCUCUUUCCACUACAAAGGCAAAGACUCGCCGCUUCCCAGCAUGCCUUUGGCGCCCGUCAGGUUGAACUGUUGGCCGGGCGAGACGAGUAAAGAGCGAGCGCGGUUCACUGUGUGGAGCGGCGACCUGGUGCACGGCGACGACAUCCUCUUCCCCUUCUCCCUGCGCUCCUCAUCGCUGCCCUUCCUCCCGCACAAACUGCCCGACAGGCUGGAGAUGGGACAUUUGAUGAGGCUGGACACGGUGGCCAAGCUGCUCCCGCCCGAGCUCUUCUCCUACAACCUCUACGGCAGCAGCAAGGAAGUUGCGACGCAGGGCCAUCACUGCAGCCUGCUGGAGGCGGUGGACAGAAGUCGCUCGACCAGCAGCAUCAGCAGGCUGCUGGAGGAGCUGGAGGCCAAGAGAGUGGUUCUGGUGCAUGCACUGACUGAGCGAGGCUUCCUCUUCCUGCUGUCCAGUGCUCAGAUGGCCACACCCCCUGAGAGAGGGGAGAGUUGGAGGAGAUGUCUCCAGGCCUUGUUCGUCUUCCCCGAAAGCAGAGAUGUGGACAAAUCGACAUCCACUUGUGCCUCCUCCUGUGGCGGUGUUGGCGGUGCGUUGGUGAUGGCAGGACUGAAGCACUUUAUUCCGGCGCUUCAUCACGCCCUCCUCAAGAGCCACGCCAAUCCCGCCUCGGAGCUCUCUGCCGGCGUGGAGCUCCAAGCGCAAGAGUACCUGGCCGGCCAGAAGGAGGGCAAGGGGCGAGCGCACGACAUGGGCAAGUACGACGCGAAAGAGGACGAGACGGCCGCUGUCUACCUGGUGCCCAAACGCCACCAGCUCAACGUGGACGGCUCCCUGCGCUCGUACCUUCACAGUCCGGCUCGCUACCAGCUGUCGGUGUCACACGCCCGGAAGAUGGUGGAGCUGCACUGCGGACACUUGGAGCCUCAGCUGGUCAGACCACCCAGGAAGGCACACGAGGGGCCCAGCAGCAGCAACACGCACAAGAUGCAGCAGCUGAUGGACUUGGUGAUGACCUGCAAGCGGAACGCCGAGAAUGAGGUGAGGAUAGAGGCGGCGCGAGGAGGAGAAGCGAGAACGCCGUCGAGGAAAAGAAGAAUGGAGCAGAGGGCGGCCGAGCGGGCCCUCAAGUACUUGAAGGCCUCGCACGAGCCGGCAGAAUGGGACAAGAGUGCAGUAGAAGGUGGUCGAUCCGCAGCCCUCCCCGGCUCUCUGGCCUCCGCCAUUCAGUCGGUGGGUCUGGUGGGCGUGGCCGUGCGGGAGGACGGAUCGGAGCUCGCCGGCAGACUUCGCAAACUGCUGACGUGUCUCAAGCAGGCGGCCAGAGUAGCGCCGCAAAGAAGCCACAGCAGCGGCGAGGCCGCCGAGGACGGCCGGGCCGAGUCGUCCCCGUUCGAGCGGCUAGCCGCCAAAUUGGGCCUGCCCGCCGACCGGGACGUCGACCUGAGGAAGCAGGACGAGCUGGAGGAGCAGGCGGCGUGCAGCGUGAGUAGUCUGGAGGGAUUCAGUCCCAUCGGAGAGAGUUAUCACCUUGACCCGCGAGUAGGAGGAGGCGGCGCGGGGAGGAGAGCGUACGACGAGGACGACGACGUGGGAGACAUCCCCUGGAGGCUCAUACGCAUCACAGGUCUGCGUUCCGAGAGGUACGCGCGGAGGGAGCGCGACCUCCCCCAAGACCCUCGCUUCCAUCACGUCGCUAUGGCGACCCUGCGAGACCACGCCCCCGGAGCCAGCCCCGCCUCGUCCCCCGGGGCCAGCCCCCCUCUGUGCCCCCCUCCCUCGCCCCUUCCGAGCCCCCCUGCCUCGCCCUCGAGGUGCCCUUCCCCCGAGCCCAGCCCCGCGCCCUCCCCCGAGCCCUGUCGUCUAGCGCCCCCGCCGGACGCCCGGCGCCCCCCCUCUCCCUCCGGGUGCCCGUCCCCUCAGUCGUUGCCCCCCCAAUGCCAGUCCCCGCCACUUAAUGAGCAAAGAAACCAUGCGGAGCGGCAGCAGCAGAGGCAGCAGCAGGUUCCUCCCCCCGCCUCCGGGGAGUGUGCAGGAAUCGCCGUGACUGCAGACGGCGACGCUGAAGGCAGAGAAAGUCAGCGCUCGCCUGUCUUUGCUGGGGCGAGCGCCGCGCCGUCCAUCCUGGUGGAGGAAGGGGGAGAGAUCACGGCGGUGGAGAAAAUGAUGGAGGUGAAGGAGGAAGCGAUGGAGGUGGAGAAAGCAGUGGAGGUGAAGGAGAAAGCGAUGGAGGUGGUUGACCUGACUGUGUCUUCAGAGGACGAUGAGUGCGCCGUCCUUUCCGUCUCCUCGCCCCCGCCCCGUCCCCUCCAAGGCAUCGACUGCAUCCUGCACAAACACCUCAACCACUUCUCGUCCGACUUGCAUCUCCUCUUGCAAGAGGAGCGCAUCCAGUACAGCCUCCCCGAAGCCCCCCCUUACCGUCCCUCCGGCACACCGAGUUCCGGCCCCCCGGCGGUGAUGCCCUUUUCCCAGUACGUGUUCCUGUACCACCCGUGUCCCCCGGUUGAGGGCUAUGUGCGCUCCCUCCAAGACGGCAUCAGCGGCAUGUUGCUGGACUACGACGGCGGGCGGGCGGGCGACGGCCGCGAGUCGGCGCUCGCCAGCACGGUCAGCGCCUUCGUGUCCAGUAUCAGGGCCGGAAUGGGCACGGACGGGUCGGAAAGCGCCGAGGCGGCGAGAGAAAUUGAAGCGUGGGGACAAAUCGCACCCGGCAGACGGUUUUCGGAUCCCCCGCCUGACGCCGCGCCUCGACCCGCGUCCGUCCACGCGGACGCUGACCGCCAGACGGCCGCCGCUCAGUCCACGCAGUCCGACGGCGUCUCCACGUCCUGCGCGCCGGCGGAACCCCCGCUGUCGGACUCGGACCUCCUCUCCCUCGCGCCGGCGGAAGCCCUCGGCUCCGUCAUCUGGCAGCUGAGGCCCGAAGUGCUCAGCAACCUGUGCGACAUCAUCAAGGACGUGGAGAGAAGCUCUGUGGUGCAGUUCUACGUGCACAGUGUCCAGCCGGAGGACCCGCUGCUCAGGGAUGUCAAGGAGUACCUGACACAGCAGGGUCACACGGAGCAGGAUCCCGUUUCCUUCUUGAAACAAGACGUCGCCGAUCGCAAACUUCUGGUCAUCAUCAAGAACAAAGACAUAGCGGAGCACGUUCACGAGAUUCCGGGUCUGGUGUCGCUCAAGCAGCACCAGUCGGUGGGCUUCCUGGGCAUCGCCAUGUUGGACGACAUCAGGACGCACGCGUACGAACAGCUGUUUAGGUGCGGCGGCUGCGUCCUAUCCGAAGACCUCAUCUUCAAUCCCGACCUCGUCGCUCCCGUUCAACUGGAGGCCCUGCUGGCGCUCUUGGAACAGCGGAACUCUCCGGAAAGUGUUUGGAAGUGGAAGGUUCACAGCAAACCCCUCAAGAAGCUUAAAGAGCAGGCCAAGUUCCGGAGAGACGCCGCCAGUCUGCUGGACGUCAUCGUAAAGUACCACCAGCAGAAGAUCAUCGAGGUCCUGCCGCCGCAUCACUGCGACAACGGCGUCCAGCCGUCUCCCGACUUGGACUGCCUGAUCCGACAUCAGGCCCUCAACACCUGCUUCAGACACACCGUCUUCCUCAGAGUGCAUAGCUUGGACUUCAUGCGCUACUCCAAGAGCGGCAUCAUCGCGGCCGGCGUGGACGAGAUGCUGCACAGUUUCGACGCGCUGCUCGGUCGCCGCGACCACGGGGACAAGCAGACCGUGGCGGUGGACGCGCAGACGGCCAAAGGCGUCGCCAGGCAGCUAAGCGGCGAUGACGACGCGGAGCAGCGCGCCCCUCGCCCCGACGCGAGCCUCCUGGCCCACGCCUCGGACCCGCAGGUUCCGGAGACCUCCGUCAAACAAGGCGGCGCUCCUCACGGCACCAAAGACCUUCACAUGCUGCACGUGGCCAUCUCGCAGAUGCGAGCGCAGAUGCACCGCAAGGAGGCUCCCGACACCGAAAGCGGAACCCCGCCCGCGGGAGCCACGGUGCCGCCGGCCAACGAGAAGACAGAGGCAGACUCUACCGAUGACAGGAGAGAGGAGCCGGAGCCUCCAAGUUCAAGAGGAGCAGAUGACAGCGUCUCCUCCAGUUCCACUCCCUCUCCACUAGAGGGCGAGCCAUCCAGACCCCCCGAGUCUGAUCAGCACCGGCCGCCGAAGAGAGACAUUGACGAGCGCCCCCGCCAGAGUCCGUCCCGCGCCCCGCCCGCUUUCGGCCGACAGCGGCAGCAGCGGUGGAGGGGUGCCAACUACAUCCACCGCCAGUACCACAAUCGGCAACACUCUCAACAGCACAAUUUUACUUCGGACCCGCACAGGAACCCUGCGUGGGGGCGGGGCUUUCCGGGAAAACAGGCGGGACGAGGCUUUUCGGGAGGGUACGGCGGGUACUGGGGUUGGCAGUGAGGAGGAGGGCGGAGCUUCAAUGGCACGUAGACUCCCUGAACUGAAUUACCUUCUUCUUAUGGCCUCAGCUCCUCGACGGAUCAGUUUUUUCGUACAUUGUUUAAAGAAAAAUUAGCACGUUGCUAACACAGAGGUGCAUAUUUCUUCCCUCAAAAACACUAACUUUGGUGGCAGGUGGAAAGUUUGAAUGGGCCUUCAUGAGGACCGGAAGUUAUAUAUCGUUUAAAAAAAAUUGUUUUGUUUCCCUGAAAGAGGUUUUGUUGAAAGUGAUUUU